CGCGCGGGCGGGUCGGGCCGGGCACCCAGCGUCUCGCCGAGCGCACGUCGCCCCGCAGCCCGCGCCAUCGGGAGCCAGCCCGCCUGACACAGCCAGCUCCUCCCGGCACAGCGCACACAGAAAUGAGCCGUCAGACUGCCACAGCACUACCUACAGGUACUUCAAAGUGUACGCCAUCACAGAGAGUGCCUGCGCUCACUGGCACCACAGCUUCCAAUAAUGACUUGGCUAGUCUCUUUGAGUGUCCUGUCUGUUUUGACUAUGUGCUGCCACCAAUUCUUCAGUGUCAGAGUGGCCACCUUGUUUGUAGCAACUGUCGCCCCAAACUUACGUGCUGCCCAACUUGCCGAGGCCCGCUGGGCUCCAUUCGUAACCUGGCUAUGGAGAAAGUUGCCAAUUCUGUACUAUUCCCGUGUAAAUAUGCCUCUUCUGGAUGUGAGAUAACUCUGCCACACACAGAAAAAGCAGACCAUGAGGAGCUAUGUGAGUUUAGGCCUUAUUCCUGUCCAUGUCCUGGUGCUUCAUGUAAAUGGCAAGGUUCUCUGGAUGCUGUAAUGCCACAUCUGAUGCAUCAACAUAAGUCAAUUACAACACUACAGGGAGAAGAUAUAGUGUUCCUUGCUACAGACAUUAAUCUUCCUGGUGCUGUUGACUGGGUUAUGAUGCAGUCUUGCUUUGGCUUUCAUUUCAUGUUAGUAUUGGAGAAACAGGAAAAAUAUGAUGGUCACCAGCAGUUCUUUGCGAUCGUACAGCUGAUAGGAACACGCAAGCAAGCAGAAAACUUUGCUUAUCGACUUGAGUUAAACGGUCAUAGGCGGCGACUGACUUGGGAAGCAACUCCUCGAUCUAUCCAUGAGGGAAUUGCAACAGCCAUUAUGAAUAGUGACUGUCUAGUCUUUGACACCAGCAUUGCACAGCUCUUUGCAGAAAAUGGCAAUUUAGGCAUCAACGUAACUAUAUCGAUGUGUUGAGAUGGCAAUCAAACCUCUUCAGGCCAGUGUUUAAAACCAUUGCAUUUAAUUUAGCAGAAACUAGGGUAACCAUCGUUGACUGUCAGACAAAUUAUUUGGUAGAUGGAGGAUAGACAUAUAUGAAGGUAAAUAAAAGGAAAGGCUGUUAAAUUACAGGAAGCAGUUGCAUGUAGUAACACUAAUAUAUUUAAAAUAAGUCAACAGUAAACCACUGAAAAUAUAUAUACACCCAAAAUGGGCAUCUUUUGUAUUAAGAAUUGAUUCUACAGGAAAUGUUGUAAAAUAAUUCUAAAAACUUGUUUGUAGAUUGAUUGUACUGUUGAAAAGGAUACUGUUUCGUGUUUUUGUUUGUGUUCUUUUCCUCCCCCUUUGACUGACAAGCCAUGUUGAGCAGUUUGGGCUUUGGCCGCUGCUUCCCGCGCCCCUCCUCCCCCCCUCCUUUGUAAGUCACUACAUAGUAUUGCUGCUGUUUGUGUAUAUUUUUUGUGUAUUUGCUAAUUUUUAUUAACUUCUAGUUUUUCAUUAAAUAAAUAUGACUUUCUUUUCUGUAAUUCAGGUUUUUCUCUUUUUUUUUUUUUUUUUUGUAUCUUUAAAAAUUUAACUACAGGUGUCAUCUUUUGAUAUGCAUAAUUGCUAUGGUAAAAUUAAUAUUUCUGUAUGUUUGGUAAAUUUUGUCUCUUUCCAGUAGUCAAUUAAUCGGUGAUACUGUUCUUAAUUGAGCUAUUUUGUGAAUGUACUGAACUUGAAAGGAGUAAUUAUGUUCAAAGAUGUAUCAGGAAAGAAAGCUCCUUUAAAAACAGGUCUAGAUGUUGUUGUACUUUGAGUUAUGAUCUAAAAAAAAAGAACUACAAAGAUUUUUCCACAUUUAAAAAAAAACAAUCACGUUUCAAAUUUAGAGAUGCUUAGAAACUCUGCUGCAUCCUUCUGUUUGUUGGUUUUCCAGUACAAAGAAGGUAUUGUCUUACGCAGUGUUUGUAACUAUACAGCAGGCCAUUUGUUUAACAACAAACGAAAACACCAAAAAACAAAGAAAGGGCGAUCAGAACGAGAUGUUUUCAGUCUUUUUACAUUUCUCGUUAAGAAAAUACCUGGCAAAUUUAGAAACAAUUUUUUUGCUUUGUGCUUUAGCUCAAAGUUUGACACACUAUUUACUCUUGCUCACUUUCUUGUCCUCCUUUCUCUUGGUUGUUACUGAAGUAAUUUUCUUGAACUGAUUUUUGUAUAUUAUUUUGGUGAUAUGAUACACAGUCAAAUGCAAGUAAUCUCUUACAGAUAUGAUUCACCAGCCGUAACAGCUUUUGUAAGAUACGGGCUUUGUGCAGACUGCCUCUAUGUGAAAAAAAAAUUAACCAUGAAUGUAUAUGGUAUUUGUGUUACAAAACAGAUGCAAAGCAAAAAAGGAUAAGGUGAAAAGCUGUUUCAUCUCUAGCUAUUUAAAGGCAAUCUUUGUCAAACCUAGUAGCAUUGGACAUCUGUUUGGAGAGGUAGCCUGACUAUUAAUUCCUUUUGUAACACAUUAAAAUACAGUUUAUUUACUGUG